UAUGACAAAAAUUGUAUUAAAAUUAUGUGCAAUUAAUCAAACAAGCAGCAACACUUUAUUAAAAACGUCAAGAAAUCUAAAAAAAGCCGGAAGGCAACUUAGUUUUUAUUUUUAUUGUUAUUUGUUUAAUUAUUGUUAAGAUACUACGUUAAUAGUAACAACCAUAAUUUUAUCUAGUCUUAGAGCUUAUUUCGUGUGGAGAGUAAUUUAAUUGCAAAUAUCUGUGCCUGUGACGGGUUUAUGGAGCCAUAAAACUGUUGAUAUAAAGUCCUUUGUUUAGGAAACAGCAAUUUCUUCGUGUUUUCUCGUGAACUGGGUGUGGAAAAGGCAUUUGGGAGGCGUUUGACGCGUGUUUUUAUUGUUCUUUGUUAGAAACAAGUGUGGAAAGUGGUCAGACAAGCUUAUUUCAGCUCGGUUUUAUGGUCGAAAGGGGUAAACCAUUUCGUCAUUAAACUUUAUUCAUUUGCCGUCACGAAUAUGGCUGUAUUGCUCAACGCUCGUUGUGAAAACCGUCUGAAAGGUAUUCGGAACAAGAAAACUCCAUUAAUAAUCCAAUAAGAGUCUUGUAAGUUGUGUAAAACACCCAAAAUGUCGGCCGUGGGUGAUAACAAAGAAAUUUGGUCGGUGAGCGGCGAUCGACUUGAUUCUAAGUAUGAAAAAUGCCGUAAUAUAACAGAGGAGAUAUAUAAAAGGAUAAAUAUUACAUUUCAAAUAAAGAAACUGGAGACAGAAGCACAAAGUGAUGUGUCGGACCAUAGUGACCAAAUAGACAGCAAUGACAUCAGCAACGAGACAGAUCUCUUCGCCUGUGACAAGAGUGACACCCUCAGCAGUAGCACAGAGGCUGAGAAACCUACCGUGACCUGCGAGAAGUACAUUAACAAUAAUAACAACGAGGAAAUGAAGAAGAAGACCGCUGUCGUCUGUAAGAGGCCUAGGAAACGUUUCAGGAAACGAGUAAAGAAGCGCCAAUCUCGCACUCGCAGUGACUCGGAAGGCUCAAGCGAUGAAGCUCUGCCUCUCAGCCGUAUCGUCGAGGUAGACAGCAAAUUGCUCAAUACCGAGUCACCCGACAAUGUCAUGGGAGUACCUAACAUUGUUAUUGUCACCAGAGAUCUUAAACCAAAAAUACAAACAGAGAAGAAGGCUCCAGCCAAAACUGCAACAGAAGUGACGAAGGAAACUCCUCCCCCCUCCAAAGAGGAGAAGGAAAUGGAGGGAACUCCCCCCGUCAAAGCUCAAGAGGAGUUAGGGGUAACACCCCCUAUUAAAGCUAAGGAGGAGAAAGGCAGUGGGGAGUGGAAGAGCUGUACUUUGUGCAGUCUUUCGUUCAGGGGGGAACGGGGCCUGAGACGCCACAUGACGAUGUCUCACAUAAUAAACCAAGAAGAAACUAAGAAGUCCAAUAAACCGGAGCAACGAGAAAAAACCACUUUAGAUGGGUAAACCGCAUAAACGGCCAGCCGCCACUUUUUACCGGCCAAAGCAAAAGAACAAUGUCAGGUUUCGGCCCACCCAAUCAACUAAAAACUAAAUUCUCACGGACACAAAGUUCUUUACUACAACAAUUUAAAUAUAAAAUACUAACUUCUUAUAAAAUAUUUACAGCUAGUUUCUUCAUCAAAAGUAAAAGUAAUGUCUAAAGUAAAAGUAACGGUCAAAUUCAUUUUUUCUAUUAGUUUUGCUGUCACUUUAGCCUUGAAAAAACUAAUUUGACCGUUACUUUUACUUUAGACAUUACUUUGUCUUUUACUUUUGAUGAAGAAACUGGCCGUAAAUUGUUAUCUAGAACUUUUCCAAAAAAAAAGUAUCAUUUUAAUAAGUAAUUAUUUUGUUUAUCAAGUUCAGGUUUUUCGUUUUAAUAAUUUGGUUUUGAGAAGCUUAAUGCAAAAGUGGAAAACUAAGAAAAGCUUCUGACAUUAAACUGCACAAAAAACUGUAAGAAUUUUCACUGUACAUGAAACAUUUUUAUUGAGCCUAAGUUACUAUGGACGUCUGACAUUGUUCUUUUACGUCUAACUGUAUUUUCGCGUCCGAUUUUUAAAUGAAAGCCGAGUGGUACUUUUUUGAACAGUCACUUCAUAAAGUACCACUUCUAAAAAUGGCGGCUGUUCGCAAAUUUUUAUUAUUAUUAAAUGUUUUUUAAAGAUAGUUUAUGGGAAAGCUAGUUUUGAAGUUUUUUGGUAAUUUUAUUGUGGAAAAAAAAUGUGAUUUGAAUGUGGGUUGGCGUGCAAUAGGAGGCCUUUCUGAAGGGACUGAGUGCAUAUACUUUUAAGAUAUUAAAAUAUCGUAUUAUAAACGAAAAAAAAUGCUCUUUAAUGAUCAGAGUUACAACAUAUAAUAGGUUGAAUUUUACUUAUCGAAAUGAUUAAGAACCUAUGGUUCUUGAAAAACUAUUUGGUUAAAAAUAUAUGCACUCGGUACUUUUCUGAAUACUGGUACUUCGUAAGGAUAUUAGUGCCAAUGCUGUCAAAACAAUUGUUUGGUAUAAAUAAGAAUUUAAUUAAAGACGAUUGGCUCUCUAAAAAGCGAAGCUUUUUUCAAUAAUAAAAAGUGCUUGGAUUCAAUCCAAAAAAUAUAUUUCAUGUGAUGAUAAAAAAUAACUAACAGUGUUUGAAAUUGUGUGGUAUAUAAGGUGGUCUUUAGUAUAUUAUUUCGAUAAUUACCUGAUUUAUUUUGAAGAAAAAUACUGAAAAUCACUCAGUACUAUAUGAUUUAGAACUAUUAAUGAAAUUUUUACGAAAAAAAAUUAAGGAUAUUGUUGGUACUAUUUGAAAUUUUGACGAUUGGUACUUUAGUGAUAAAAAUGUUGAAAGCAUUGGCACUUUUAGUGUCAGGGUUGAAAAUAUCUGUGAUCGAUCGGCGCAUUGUGAUGUAGGUUAGAAAUUGACGGCGGGGGACGUAAGUUUAUUUUUUCAAGGUCAAAAAAAUAUUAUUAUUAUACAAAAAAAAUAUUUGGAGUUUUUGUCUCAAUUUUUGAGGCGAUCGUAGAAGCAUUUGUGUUAUUUAAAAGAUGUCAAAAUUUUUGGCGUUUAUUAAAAUUGCAAAUAUCAUUUCAUAUUUGGCAAAGCCAUUUUUAAGGUAUCCAAAAAAUAAACUUAUGUCCGAUUAUUAUUGAAAGUAAAAAAAAAUGGUUCGGCAUAUACAAGUACAAAAUUCUAUUUAGUAAAAAAAGAGGAAGAGAAAAGAAAUUGAAAUUUUUCUAAAAAGCAAAAAUAUUAAAUUUUAAAAAAUAUUGUCUUAGAUUUUAGCUUCUUCUAUAUUUAGAAUUUAAGGAUUAAAACCGUUUUUCCGAUCUGUCUAGCUGUGUUGCCAGUUAAGGUGUAUGGGUGUUGCAAUAUGAGAAAAAUAUUUUUUUUUUCUUAAAGCGGUGCUAUUUUUGUGUUAAGUCGAGAUGUUAAUGUUAAACUAGUCAGUUUAAAUAUUUGCCACUUAUUGUUCCUAGCGUAUUUGUUUAUGAAAUGGCUUUGAGAGAAGUUACUUGAAAAA